GAGGGGGAGUUGGCGGUAGGAGAACCGUGACGGUGCGCGUUCGGCGGCGCCCUCAGAGUAGGCCGUGCGUAGACCAGCGCGGAGGUUUUCACGUGCGCGCGCCCUCGUCCCACCACGUAAAUGGGUCCGUUCUCAGUGUCUCGUUCCCCCCGCCUUCUGAGUAAGUCCUUUGAGGUGGGGUGAUCGUCCUGCUUCGCCGCCCCCCCGCCCCCCCCGGGGAGCUUGAUUUCCAAGCAUCUGUUCGGGUGUUUGCUUCUUCUCAGGCUGAAGUUUCUGUUAUGAUGCCCCGCUCACCCAGCAACUUGUUUUUUCCCACCGCCGCAAUACCUUCCUUCGUUUGGGAAGACACGAGAAGCCCUUUUCUUAUUUUGGGGACAGAUUCCGGAAAGGAAGCCAUCCAGUUAAGAGCAAAUACACGUGUGCGCGAAGAACUCGAGAUGCAACAACAGGACUGGGCUGGUUUAGACGAAGAUGAAGAUGCACAUGUAUGGGAAGACAAUUGGGAUGACGACAAUGUGGAAGAUGAUUUCUCCAAUCAGUUAAGAAUUAGAAAAACACGGCUACAAGAUGGAAACCUCAUAGCUCCCAGUGGUGCAUCUAUAUGAGACUGGACUGUAAAUUGACCACAGAGGAAUAUGUGAUGCAAGAUGAAAUAGAAGACACAAGAUUGACCAUUGUUACCGUGACUUUUGUUUUUGUUUUAUAUAAAUAAAUAAAUAAAGCCCAAUGUUGUAUUGCC